GAGCAAAUAAACUCGCAUUUCGUCAGUGAUCACCAGCGGGUAAGAACACUUGUUUACGAACAUCUCCUCAUGAAAGUUGACGACAAGACAGAACAAGGCGAGGAGAAAAGAGAAAGACAAUUCAACAACCCAAGCCCAAGGAUGCCAAACAUUAAAGUUUUCACUGGAAGCUCCCACCCUGACAUCGCUAAGAAGAUAUCCGCGCGACUUGGUAUCGAUCUCGGCCGCGCAACAACAAAGACAUUCAGUAAUAAGGAAACGAACGUGGAAAUUGGUGAAUCUGUUCGCGGUGAGGAUGUUUACAUCGUCCAGAGUGGCUGUGGAGAGAUCAACGACAACCUGAUGGAACUUUUCAUUAUGAUCAACGCCUGUAAGAUAGCUUCUGCGUCACGAGUCACCGCUGUUAUUCCUUGCUUCCCGUACUCCAGGCAAGACAAGAAAGAGAAGAGCCGAGCUCCUAUCACAGCGAAACUUCUCGCUAACCUAGUGUCAGUGGCCGGAGCUGAUCAUGUCAUCACUAUCGACCUUCACGCGUCGCAAAUUCAAGGGUUCUUUAACAUCCCGGUGGAUAACCUUUACGCUGAACCAGCGAUCACUAAAUGGAUCAAAGAGAACAUUCCAGAAUGGAAGAGUAGUGUAAUGGUGUCUCCUGACGCGGGUGGUGUGAAGAGGAUGACAGGUAUUGCUGACAGGCUUGAUAUAGACUUCGCUAUCAUCCAUAAGGAGAGGCAGCGGGCGAACGAAGGGGACUCGACAGUUCUGGUUGGCGAUGUUAGAGACAGAACAGCAAUUAUGGUGGAUGAUUUAGCUGACACUUGCGACACUAUUGUUAAGGGAGCUGAGAAGCUUCGUGAAGCUGGAGCUACGAAGAUCUAUGCUAUUCUGACCCAUGGAGUUUUGGCUGGUGACGCUAUAGAGAAGAUAAACAAUUCGUGCUUAGAGGCGUUUGUCGUGACCAAUACGAUCCCUCAAGAGCACAAUAUGAAGAGGUGUCCUAAACUGCAGUGUAUCGAUAUUUCUGUGAUGCUAGCUGAAGCUAUCAGGCGUACCCACUAUGCAGAGUCUGUCUCCUACCUGUUCACCAAUGUACCCUAUUAAAAAUACCUAGUUAAGUAUUCUGUUGUGUUAUAGCUUAUUAAAAGAGUCUAUAUGAAAAUUAUGUACUUAUUCUUGUAAAAAAUAUUAAGUAUGAAUCUUAUUUGUACUGUAAAGUACUAAUCUAAGCUAAACGCACUGUUGCUGCAUAUAGAUAUUAAGUAGGUACCUAGCAACUGAAACUCUCUUCUUACUACUUAUUUAAAAUAUAUCUUAUCCUACCACGAGUAACCAACUUUACAUUCAAAUUUAGCGCUCCAUCUCUAUCUAGAAUCGAUAAAAGAAAAUUACUUACGUACUUACCUACCAACUUACAUACAUAAAUAUAAAACGCUUUUCAAACAAAUGCGAUCCUUUUAUUGUAUUACGUGUAAGUAGGUACAUCUUCUUCGUAAUACAUGUGCUAUCUA